AGAGUUAUCACGGGUCAACCAAGGAGGCUUUAUAGUCGAACUGUAAAGUAGAAGAGGUAGGCGAGCUCCGUUGCUUCUCCAUUCCAGAUCUCAGGUGGCUGCGGCAAGGCGAUGGAGAGAGAGGAGGGUUUGGAGUUGGAGAGCGGAGAAGGAAGACCCUUGCUCCCUUUGAAUGCAGCCUCAAUCCAAUCUGAGAAUGAAUUGCGAGGACCUCGAUCACACUAUAGACCUGGUGCCUCAAAAGCACCAGGAAUUAUUUUAGGAUUUGAAUAUUUGGAUAGCGUUGCCUUUAAUGGCAUUGGAGCAAACUUGAUUGUGUAUCUUCAUACUGUACUGCAUGGAAACAAUGCUGCAAAUGCAGCAAAUGUGGGUACUUGGAGUGGAACAUGUUUCUUGACACCAUUGUUUGGAGCUGUUGUUGCUGAUACCUAUUGGGGAAAUUACAAGACGAUAUUGAUCUCCCUUGUUGUGUAUCUUCUUGGAAUGGUUACUAUCACUUCCUCUGCGUUUUCGGCAUCAUCAAAGCUCUGCGAGGAUGGGACAUGCCAGUCAACAACUACCCUUCUUUUCUGUGGGUUAUAUCUUGUUGCCAUUGGAAGUGGAGGUGUCAAGGCUGCACUUCUCCCCUUUGGUGCAGAGCAGUUCGAUGAUGAGAAUCCAUCAGAUAGAGAGAAAAAAGGAGCUUUUUUUGGUUGGUUUUAUCUUUGCAUCACCUUAGGAGCUCUCACAUCGAUGACUUUCAUAGUUUGGAUACAAGAAAAUAUUAGUUGGGGACUUGGAUAUAGCAUUGCAACAUUCUGCAUGGCAGCCGCCUUAGCAGCUUUUGUAUUGGGCACACCACAUUAUCGGCUCCGGUUGCCAAGUGGCAGUCCAUUGCAAAGUAUUCUUCAGGUUCUUGUAGCUUCCUACAAGAAACGGAGUGCUGAGAUUCCCAGAGAUAGCAGUCUCUUGUAUGAGGUGAACAAGGACUCAUCGAAUGGAGGGCAGCAGAGAUUACCACAUUCAAAUGGAUUCAGGUUCUUGGACAAAGCGGCUACCAUUUCCGCCCUGGAUCUGAAAGAUGGUUCUCCCGAGAGCUCAUGGAGUCUAUGUACCGUUACUCAAGUUGAAGAGUUGAAGAUGUUCCUACGUCUGAUUCCAAUCUGGGCUAACAGUAUAAUCUAUGCAGCCGUGUUUGCGCAAAUGUUUACCACCUUCAUUCAGCAAGGGAGUGCAAUGAACACCAAGGUCGGUUCAUUUUCCAUCCCUCCUGCAUCCCUGUGCUCGUUUGAAAUCAUAAGUGUCAUGGGAUGGGUUUUUGUUUACAACAACAUCAUAGCCCCUGCUGCCAAGAGGUAUUUUGGCAAUGGAAUGGGUCUUUCCCAGCUACAGCGGAUGGGAAUCGGACGGUUUCUACUCAUCCUAGCAAUGCUUACUGCUGCUUACAACGAGAGCAAGAGAUUGGAGAGUAUUAAAGCCAAUGAAACCUUGAGCAUCGCAUGGCAACUCCCGCAGUUCUUUGUCCUAGCCAGCUCGGAGGUCUUCAAUAACAUCACCCAGCUUGAGUUCUUCUUUGCACAGGCACCCGACCGGAUGAAGAGCAUAUGCACAGCCAUGGUCCUCUUCUCAAUGUCACUAGGCAAUUACUUGAACUCAUUCAUCAUCACAUUCAUUGCAAUUGCAACAUCGGGAGGGGGACAGCCAGGGUGGAUCUCAAACGAUUUAAACAAAGGGCAUCUGGAUUACUACUUCCUGGUGUUGGCAGUGAUUUCGACGGUCAACUUUUUUGUUUAUAUUGCUUUCGCAAAGAACUACACCCUAAAGAAAGCUAUCUCAGACAGUUAAUGUGUUGAGGAAACUUAUCGAUUCGAGAACUUAAAAAUGCCUUGUUUGAUUCGUAAAACCUGCUCAAAGUAGAUGCUUUCAAAGCUUUCUGUGGUUGCAUGAUAUUGCAUAUGGAUGUAGUUAGCAGUUUGGCUAUCAUUCACAGUUUGGUUAUCAUUCACGAUAAGUUGUUGCAA